CAGUCAAGUGGAGGGGUUUUUUUUGUUUGUUUGUUUUCCAGCGUUCUGGGCAGUUUUCCUCAAACUUUAAAUGAAUAUUUGCACAGCAAACCCGGUGGCUGUGGGUUUCCUGGUUUGUGCCCUCCCCCUCCCGGGCAGGGGUGGGGGGUGUGGCGACUCGGGCUUGCUGUUUUCACCCCUUCCGAGUCCACUCCGGCUGCUGUUAAUGCUGAAAAUAGCUCCAAUGCUCUCAGAACGGUAGCACCACCCAGCAGCUGGGAUUCCUUUCCUCUCUUAUUUGCCUUCUCUCUCGCCUUUUUCCCUCCCUUCAGACACUUGGAUUGGACUUAAUCUGAAAUCUCUGGAGUUCAAGACCUUUUGAAAAGGGCUAAAUCAACAAUCUCUACAUGUAAAGGCCACUGACUCCGACUUCCUCUGUUCAGAGCCACUGUUGAACCCGGCUAGCUGCCUGGAGGAAAACUGAAGACUUUACUAACAAACCCUCCAAGGUCAAAAUGAACACAGAUAGCGGUGGGUGUGCUCGCAAACGUGCCGCCAUGUCUGUCACAUUAACAUCUGUGAAGAGGGUUCAGAGUUCUCCAAACCUGUUGGCCGCAGGGCGUGAUUCUCAGUCACCAGACUCAGCUUGGAGAUCUUACAAUGCUCAAAGUCGAGAGACACUGAACGGAGACGCUCGAUAUUCCUCUCUUGCAGCAAAAGGCUUUAGAAGCGUCCGGCCAAACCUACAGGAAAAAAGAUCGCCGACUCAGAGCCAGAUAACGGUGAAUGGGAGCUCUGGAGGGGCCGUGAGCCCGAUGAGUUACUACCAAAGGCCGUUCUCGCCCUCAGCCUACUCUCUGCCGGGCUCGCUCAACUCCAGCAUCAUCAUGCCGCAUGGCCGGUCGCUCGACUCCGCAGAGGCGUACCCCCAGCACGCACAGUCUCUGGAUGGCUCCCUGGGCGGCUCCAUACCGCUGUACAGGUCCUCGGAGGAAGAGAAGAGGGUGACCGUCAUCAAGGCGCCGCAUUACCCAGGGAUCGGGCCGGUGGAUGAAUCUGGAAUCCCCACGGCGAUUAGAACGACAGUGGACAGGCCGAAGGACUGGUACAAGACGAUGUUUAAGCAGAUCCACAUGGUGCACAAGCCGGAUGAUGACACAGACAUGUAUAAUACUCCUUAUACCUAUAAUGCAGGCCUGUACAACUCGCCCUACAGUGCUCAGGCACAUCCGGCUGCGAAGACCCAGACCUACAGGCCCCUCUCCAAAAGCCACUCGGACAACGGCACCGCCGACGUCCUGAAGGACGCGGCCGCCCCUGCCCCGCCCCCACAGGUCCCCCCUCCAGUCCCACCGCUGCGGCCAAGAGAUCGGUCUUCAACAGAAAAACAUGACUGGGACCCUCCCGACAGAAAAGUCGACACAAGAAGAUUCCGUUCCGAGCCGAGAAGUAUUUUUGAAUACGAACCCGGGAAAUCUUCGAUUCUGCAGCACGAAAGACCAGCCUCCUUGUAUCAAUCCUCUAUAGACAGGAGCCUGGAAAGACCCAGUAGCUCUGCCAGCCUGGCCAGCGACUUCAGGAAACGGAGGAAGAGUGAGCCCGCCGUGGGGCAGCCGCGGGGCCUGGGGGACCCGAGGGCAAGCCGGACCAGCCCGGUGCGGGCGGACCUCCCGGGAUCCAGCGCCACCCUGUCGCAGCCUUUCAUCAGCUCUUCCCCUUCCUCCCCAUCCAGAGCAAAAGGUGGGGAUGAUAGCAAAAUGUGUCCGUCCCUUUGCAGUUCCUCAGGGCUUCCCAGUAGCGCCUCGCAGGAGGCGGAGGACUGUAGCGCUCACGGACAGCACCUGGACGUCCCGCGGGACUCGCAGCAGCGGGCCGCCGCUUUCAAAAACGGCUGGCAGAUGGCCCGGCAAAACGCAGAGGUCUGGAGCAGCACGGAGGAGACGAUUUCCCCCAAAGUCAAGUCCCGCAGCUGCGACGACCUCCUCACCGACGGCUGCGACAGCUUCCCGGACCCGCACACCAAGUCGGAGAGCCUGGGCUCGCUGCUCGGCGAGGAGGCCGGCACGGGGAGCUGCCCCGGCCCGUGGGCGGCCGCCUACCUCCCGGAGGGCCGCGCCGGCGGCGACGGCCGAGCCCGGCUGCGCCACCACCGGUCGGCGCACGACGCGCCGGGCUUCCUCAAAAUGUACAAGAAAAUGCACCGCAUCAACCGCCAGGACUUGAUGACCUCCGAGGUGAUCUGCUCCGUGCAGUCGAGAAUCCUGCAGUACGAGAACGAGCCGCCCAGCCGGGGCCUGCUGCACGCGUGGGGCCAGUGCUCGGCCGAGGAGGUGCCCAGGGACAUGGUGCCCACGCGCAUCUCCGAGUUCGAGAAGCUGAUCCAGAAGUCCAAGUCCAUGCCCAACUUAGGGGACGAGACGCUGUCUCCCGUGAUCCUGGAGCCGCAGCACAACGGGCUGUGCCCCAAGAGGCGGUUUUCCAUCGAGUCCCUGCUGGAGGAGGAAAGCCCGAGCCGACACGCGUGCCAGGUGCCGCCGGGCCUCCAGUCGCAGGCCCUGGUGCCCAUCCACAUCGAAGUCACCAGCGACGAGCACCCGAGGCCGCGCGUGGAGUUCUCCGACAGCGACCAGGACGGCGUGGUGUCGGACCACAGCGACUGCGUGCUCGUGGAAGGGUCGUCCUUUUGCAGCGAGAGCGACUUCGACCACUUCUCCUUCACGUCCUCCGACAGCUUCUACGGGUCCGGCCGCCACCACCACCACCACCACCACCACCACCGGCACCUGGUCAGCUCCUGCAAGGGCCGGUGCCCCGCCUCCUACACGCGGUUCACCACGAUGCGAAAGCACGAAAGGGCUAGACAUGGAAACGCGGAGGGGCCCCGACGGCAAGAGCUGGACCCCGGCCUCUCCAAACUGGCCUUCCUGGUCAGCCCCGUGCCUUUCCGGAGGAAAAGAAACUCGACUCCCAAAAAGCAGCCUGAGAAGGCCAGGUGCAAAAAGUCUGUGUUUGAGGCCCUGGACUCUGCCCUGAAGGACAUCUGUGACCAGAUUAAAGCUGAAAAGAGACGGGGGAGUCUGCCGGACAACAGUAUACUGCACCGCCUGAUCAGCGAGCUGAUGCCCGACGUCCCCGAAAGGAACUCGUCCCUCGCGGCUCUAAAACGGAGCCCCAGGCACCAGCCUUUCCACCCGCCGCCUCCAGAGGGCGCUACUCCCUGUCCGUGGUACCUGAAUGACUGUGGGAGAAUGCCUCACAGCGCCUCUCUGCAGGACAUGGACCCCAAUAACAACUACCACCUCCAGGGCCACGACAGGGCCCUGAGUCUCCAAGACCGCGAGUCCCCUAGAAGUUACUCGUCCACUUUAACUGACCUGGGGAGAAGUGCGCCAAGGGAAAGAAGAGGAACUCCAGAAAAAGAGAAACUGCCUGCAAAAGCUGUUUAUGAUUUUAAGGCUCAGACAUCUAAGGAGCUGUCAUUUAAGAAAGGAGAUACGGUCUACAUCCUCAGGAAAAUCGAUCAGAAUUGGUACGAGGGGGAGCACCUCGGGAGAGUGGGCAUUUUCCCAAUCUCAUACGUAGAGAAACUCACACCUCCUGAAAAAGCACAGCCCGCAAGACCACCGCCCCCGGCCCAGCUUGGAGAGAUCGGAGAAGCUAUCGCCAAAUACAAUUUCAACGCGGACACAAACGUGGAGCUCUCGCUGAGAAAGGGAGAUAGAGUUAUUCUUCUCAAAAGAGUUGAUCAAAACUGGUAUGAAGGUAAAAUUCCAGGAACCAACAGACAAGGCAUCUUCCCUGUUUCCUAUGUAGAAGUCGUCAAGAGGAAUACCGGCAAAGGUGCCGAGGACUACCCCGACCCCCCCAUACCCCACAGCUAUUCGAGCGAUAGAAUCCACAGCCUAAGUUCAAACAAGCCGCAGCGUCCUGUGUUUGCUCACGAGAACAUUCAAGGUGGGGGGGAACCGUUCCAGGCUCUGUACAACUACACUCCGAGGAAUGAGGAUGAGCUGGAGCUCAGAGAAAGCGACGUCAUCGACGUGAUGGAAAAGUGUGACGAUGGAUGGUUUGUGGGAACCUCAAGAAGAACCAAAUUCUUCGGUACCUUCCCCGGGAACUAUGUCAAGAGGCUGUGAACCACCCUCCCUCCUACCGAAGCCGCGGUUCAGCACCACAUCUGAGGAACCCGCCCUCCAAGGCCCCCGCGGGCCUCCCGCUGUCAUGCCUUACGGUUUCCAGUAGAAGUCACCCACCGUCACCAUCCCCACCUGCCACCCGACCACCAGCAAAGUAACUGCCAGCGCCGAGCCGUGGGGGGGACUGGCAGGCUGGUUCCGUGUGAAAGUGCAUUCUUCCCGCUUCCUGCUCUGGGCUGAGAAAUCUGUGUGAUGGGGUCAGAAAGGAGACCAGGACACUUGAAAGGGGCUAACGAUCUGAGGCAGAAGAGGCGAGUGUCUCCAGGAGGCUCCCCGGCCCACUCCGGAGAACGUUUCUCCCGUCGGGCGGCCCGCAGAGGGUUUAUCACCGAACACCAUGGUGUGCAUUUUCACACUCUUAGCUUGGCAGUGUAUUUUCCUUUUCACGAGUUUGCCUAGUGUCCUCGUUUACACGACAUGACAACUGUACUUCAGCUAUCGUUUGCCUGCACUUCUGUGUUGUCAUAUGCACAGUGAUCACAAAGUCUAAAGCAAGGGUAGGAACGGUCAUUCGGAUGAGUGAGGUUUUUGCCAACUGAAUGCGAGUUUCCAAUAGCAGUCUUUCCCUGCGAGUCUUUUGUACUUUUUAGAAGUGCAAACAGUAAGUGAAUAAGAGCUUUUGGUAAUCAUCAUGAGACUAUAAGAAGUUUAGCUAGACUACAAAAAAAAAUAUUGUGUUGUAAAGUUGCAUUGCUAUUUUAUAUUAAAAUGUAAUAAUCAGCAUCAUGAACAAUGAGCUCUUAGUGUUUUAUUUAUCGGAUAAAAUUGAAAUAAAAGCAGUGUUAGUGAGAGGUGCAAAAAGUUAUUCUAACAUAGACACUUGAAAGUAUCUGUAAGCAAUAUUCAUAGUUAAGGUUCCACUGUGUGUGCGCACACGCGUUGGCGAUGGUAUGAGUACAGACAAUCCCUGUGAUACGUCGUACAGUUUAUGGAAACGUAAAAGAAUCCCACACUUUAUUUUAUAGAAAUAGAGUACUUUAGAAGCAUCAUGAGUAUUAAGGCUGGUUUUAGCAAGGGUUAUGAUCAAUACAGUUAUUUUUACUAUGAUAAUUAUUUUUCUUCUGUGGAACUCAGAAUCCUGGCUACAUUUGAGGACAGGAAUAUGCUGAGCCGGAUUUUCCUGGUGUGUGUACAAUAUCUCCUGGGGAUUCGUUAGGCACUUUCAAGAGGCAGUGUUAAAUCCUUCAGGUUGUAUUUUCUGCCCUGAAGUAGACACUGACACAAUGAUGGGGGAGCCUGAAGGAUUUGACGCAGUUCACAGUGCCUGGAUCACACACACUCUGAGAACUAGCUUUGUAUUUCUUAUGACUUUGCAUAAGAACUCUUCAUAUUUGGAUCUUGAGCACCUUAUAGAUAAAACUUUUUAUGAUAUUUCUUCUGUGGACAGUGAUGGAUCUUUUCACAAUGUGCGUAGACUCUACAAUUUUGUACAUAUGUUUGCUCUUUUUUUUGUACAGACUAUUUAGUUGUUGAGAAAACAAGGGAAUUUCCUAAUUUGCUCUUCAUCCUUCCCUUCAACUGAGCUAAAGACUGUCUUUUACCGAUCCCACAGAUCAUAAGCACGCCUUGAUAUUGUGAUUCUGUUAAGACAGUGUUUAUGCAAAAGUUCAUGAACUUCAAAGAUCUUAGCAGCCAAACUGAAAUGGACGUUAAUAUCCAGUACAGAGGAAUUUCAGUAGGAAAAAGGUAAAGAAACGUCUUUGAGUAGCCUACCUUGAAUACUGUCAAGUUCACAACCAGCUUUCUAUUUUAAAGGCCUUUGGCUUGCAAUUAGGUCAGCUGCAUGCAGCUUUGCCGAUAAACGAGUAAUUAUCUUCCACGCCAUUUAUGGGAAAAGACUUCAAUAUCUGUUGCCUGUCACAUUUAAGAAAAAUUACUGUUUCUACUCUCUGUAUCUGAUUUUAAAAGGAAAAAUAUUCAUACCUGGCUUUCAGGUAAUUGACUUUGAAUUCUUACAAGCAAAGGUCAUUGUGUUUUUCUUGAAUAGACAUCUAAUAAAUUUUGCUUGGAAGUAUA